CAAAUGCUAUAUCCUGUAUGAAGACGUUUACUUGAACUUUUACGUCCUACUGUUUUGUUACUUCUUAAUGUUGAGACUUUCACGUCGGCUCGAGCUAUGAGUACUAUUAUUCCUCGCAUAGAGCAGGUGUCUGCCAGAGUGGUUCGGGUUUUGGGCUGUAACCCGGGACCGAUGACUCUGCAGGGAACCAACACGUACCUGGUCGGCACUGGGAAAAGACGGGUGCUGAUAGACACCGGGGAACCUGCUGUGCCUGAAUACAUCAGCAGCCUGAAACAGGCGCUGAGGCAGUUCAACACCAGCAUCCAGGAGAUCAUCGUCACACACUGGCAUCACGACCACACUGGUGGAGUAGAAGAUAUCUGCAGGGACAUAACUGGUUCUGAGGUCCGAGUCAGCAAACUGCCUCGCUCCAACCGAGCCAUCGAGACGGCAGGAAACAAGGACUAUACUUACCUAAAAGAUGGAGAUGUUGUUGAGACGGAGGGAGCCACACUCAAAGUGCUUUUCACCCCGGGCCACACUGAUGACCACAUGGCCUUGCUGCUGGAGGAGGAGCGGGCGCUCUUCUCUGGAGACUGCAUCCUGGGCGAGGGCACAGCCGUGUUUGAAGAUCUCUACGACUACAUGAAAUCUCUGAAGAUCCUGCUGGACUCUGAGGCUGACCUCAUCUAUCCUGGUCACGGUCCUGUGGUCCAGGAUGCUGGCUCUAAGAUCAGACACUACAUCAGUCACCGGGACCAAAGAGAACAACAGAUCCUGGUAGCCAUUCAGGAUGGAGCAGGAAAGCCUUUCUCCUCCAUGGAGCUUGUCAAGAUUGUCUAUAAGGACACCCCCGAACAUCUGCACCAAGCAGCUAAUGUGAACCUGGUUCACCACUUAAAGAAACUGGAGAAAGAAGGCAAGAUCAGUCUGGUGAAAGAAUCUUCAGACAGCAGGAAAUGGAGGAGUAAUCUGUGAUGAAAAUGGACCGUUUGGCUUGGAUUUUCAAGCUCAACAGUUAAUGAUUUUUGAAUGCCAGAUGAUCACUUUCAGCUUUAUGUUCGCGCUGUACGCCAGCGCUGAUUGACAAAUGUUCUAGUGGAAAGUCUGUUGUAUUAGUCAGACCUGUUGCAUCACGUUUCCUAACUCAAAACAUACAAAGCACAGGAAACCGGACUCACCAGGACUGAGCUGCAGCCUGUGUGAAAGUUAAACAAGGCUCAGAUUUGCCUCAAGGUCAACUGCCUGUGACCGCAUGCAGGAUUAGCCUCAUCCUGAAGUGGGAUCAAAGUGCCACACUUCCUCUAUGCCUUUGUAUUAAAACUGCUUAUCUGCUUUAUUGUCUUCCUUAUCACAUUUGUUGUGCCAGUUUUGACAGAGUUGUCUUCCACUUAAUAACACAUUCAUAUCAUAUAAGUAGAACAGUGUUAUAGAGUAUAUAGGGCAUGUACUGCCCAGAGAGUCAGUGGCCUCAUAACAUUUGUCACUGAGGUAUUACGUAUGGGGUGGCACAGCUCCAUCACUAUUCUCAAGGAAGGUUUUAUGUGGGUAACUUAAAUUAAUUGAUUAAGCGUUCACUGUAAUCUGGGUAGAGAAAUUACUGUAUGCAGGCACUGGGUGAAGAAAGAUUAGCCAAAUAAAGACACAACCUGAGUGUGGGAAAAAAAUAACAGUCUGACUCUUUCUCCGACUGUUGGCAGGUGACAGCGAUAUAGAGAUAAAUAGAUAAAUACAAACUUUGUCUUCAGCCUGUCUGUCUUCAGUUUUGAUAAUGAAUCCCUGAACUUUGCACUGGGAAGGGCUGACCACAUUUGUGGUCACUAGGUGGCAGUGUCUCUUAAUUUUAUGGCAAAAUUCAUUGCAAGACAGUUAAAAUAAUUUGCAUUCAUAAGAUUUGCAUUAUUAAUUUUUUCUGUUUUUUCUUAGAAACUUGUUUAAACAUAAUAUAUGUAAAUAUGUGUUGGAAAUAUUGUGAAAAAG